AUGGGUGAGCAGCCUGUCCCCAAAGACGGAGAGGAUCAUCUAAAAGAGAAAGUUUGUCAGGUCAUGAGUAGGCUAUGCAUAAAAUGUGAUGACAUAGAUAUCUCCCUACAAAGUGACUCCCCCCUUGCAGAUGUCAUCAUUUCCCAUGAAUUCCCCGCGAAAUUCAAAUAUCCUCCGAACCUGGAAUCCUAUGACGGAACCGGCUGCCCUAAGAGUCACAUCCAUAAAUUCCAAGCCGUAAUCAACGUCCAAACAAAUUUAGAUCACGUAUUAUGCAAACUCUUCCCUACCACGUUGAAAGGCCUGGCACAGGAGUGGUACCAGAGUUUGAAGCCAGGGUUGGUGAUGACAUUCAAACAUUUCUCAAGACUGUUCCAACCUAGGUUCGUAGCUUGCAUUCCUCAAAAGAAAUUAUCAACAGACCUACUGGCUAUCAUGCAGAGGGAUGGGGAGAUGCUCAGAAAGUAUGUGGAGCGAUUCAAUAAACAUGCCAUGCAAAUUGAAGAACUGAGCCAGGAGAUCGCUUAUACAACACUACUAAACGGAACCACCAAUUCCGACCUUCGUAAGGAACUGUUGGCCAAGUCACCAAGGUCGUUCACCACCCUAAUGAUCAUCGCGCACACGCAAAUUAGGGUGGACGAUGGUCAAAGGGAAAUAGCCAAUCGGCAUGGAGGGAGAACGGAGAAAGGACCAUCUUCAGGAAGGAGGAAUAGAUACAUGUCGAAUGAUAGAUCACCAAACGAAAGAAGGUUCGGAGACAAAAGCAAUGACCGGUUCAGAAGCAAGCGAAAGAUGGACGAAGAAAGACGUUACACACCAUUGAACACCACUAGGACUAAUGUAGUGUUCUAG